AUGAGUUUGGGAACAACGGAGGAUGACUCGGGAACGGAAAUACAUCUCCCAUGUGACAUUGAUUGGGAGAUGCUUGAUAAAUUAAAGUUCUUUUUCCUAGGUGCUAACUUAUUCUCUGGUGUCUUCGGGAUGUUGUAUCCCAUCAUGGUGUUGAAAACAAGAAAACAAGUCCUUGUAAAAUACAUGCCAUGCUUGAAGCUAAUGGGGAGAGGUUUUUACAAGGGUUUUGGGACAUCGUUAAUGGAGGCAAAAGCAGCUAACAUUGUGAAUCUUGCAGCUGGGUUAAGUGCAGCCAUGGUUGCUCAAAUGGUUUGGACACCAAUUGAUGUUGUGAGUCUAUAUUGUGAGCCAUAG